UUUUUCUUUUAAAUCAGACCAUUUACAAUAUUUACAUAAAUAUAAUUUCUCUUCAUAUUUUUCCAAAUAUUUUACUCUCAAUUAAAAAAUUAAAUUUUGCUGUUUUCUUUUCAAAUUCAGCAAAAAUGUCUUCUUCAGUUUUAGACCAAUUAAAACAAAUUUCAAUUAUUGUUGCUGACACAGGAGAUUUUCAUUCAAUAGAAAUAUUCAAACCAACCGAUUCAACAACAAAUCCUUCUCUAAUUUUGGCAGCAACAAAAGAUGAAAAAUACAAACAUUUAAUUGAUCUAGCAAUAAAUUAUGCAAAAGAAAAAUCUGUUGAAAAUGCUUCUAAAGAAAUUAUUUUGUCUUUGGCGAUGGAUAAAUUAUUUGUCCUUUUUGGGAAAGAAAUUUUGAAAAUUGUUCCUGGAAGGGUUAGCACUGAAGUUGAUGCGAGAAUUUUGGAGUCUCAACAUGGAAUUCAUUGCAAUAUGACUCUUUUAUUUAAUUUUUAUCAAGCUGUUGCUUGUGCUCAAGCAAAGGUUACUCUUGUUUCUCCUUUUGUUGGCCGUAUUUUGGAUUGGUAUUUAAAAAAUACAACAGAACACAAUUUUACUAGACAAACAGAUCCAGGGGUUUUGAGUGUUACAAAAAUAUAUAAUUAUUAUAAAUAUUUUGGACAUGAAACACAAGUAAUGGCUGCUUCUUUUCGAAAUACUGAACAAAUUAAAGGAUUGGCUGGCUGUGAUCUUUUGACGAUUAGUCCAACAUUAUUAAAACAAUUAAAUGAGGAUAAUGAACAAAUUUCAAAAAUUUUAUCAAAAGAAAUUGCCCAAACAAAAAAUGUCCAAUUAAUUGAAAAUAUUGACGAAAAUAAAUUUCGUUGGGAACUUAAUGAAGAUUCUAUGGCUUCUGAUCGUUUAUCUGAUGGAAUUAGACGUUUUGCUGCUGAUACUAUUUUAUUGGAAAAAUUAAUUGAAAAUAAAAUUUAG